AUGAGUCCUUUUGAAGUUGUUUAUGGGCAACAUCCACUAAGAGUUCUUGAACUCAGAAAUAUGGAUUGUUUCGAAAAGAGGAGUGCACAUGUAGAAGAGUUUGUUGAAGCAAUGCUAGAAGUGCAUAAGCAUGUAAGGAAAACAUUGCAGCAAAAUAGCCUUAAGGUGAAGGCUAAGCCAGAUUUGAAAAGAAGGAAUGUGCAGUUCCAAGUUGGUGAUUUAGUCAUUGUACACUUGAACAAAGAUUGGUUACCUUGGGGUAGUCAUACAAAGCUGAUGAUUAAGUGGAUUGGGCCAUGUGAGAUUUUGGAAAAGUAUGGAGAAAAUGCCUACAAGAUCGCAUUGCCUCCAGAUGUGGCUAUUUCACCUAUAUUUAAUGUCUCAAAUCUCACAUUGUAUAAGGGUCCGAACGAAGAAGUUGGUGCAACAGAGACUACACUUGAACCAGAUGAUUGGAUUUAG